GCAGAUGUGGCAUUAUAAUCACCGGAGAACAAGAAGCGUAGAGAGGAGCAUGUUGGGUGGAACCUGGGGAAAGCCAAUAAGAAGCAACCUUGUAAGACUCUCCUGGGGUAAACGUUAAACUGACUCAAACGGAAAAUAGGGACGCGCCCUUCGACGUGCCGUUGCCCGCUCGGGGCCGUUUCGGCUGUGAUGACGCUUCUGGCCGCGAGGUGGCGCCUGGCGGGGCACGGGCGCCGGGAAUGACGCGUGCGCAGCGCUCCUAGGUGUAUCCGUAGGAUAAACGCACGCGCCGCGUUCACCGGUGCGCACAGCGCUCGCGCACACGCACUUACGCGCCCGCCCGUAGUCGCGACGUCCCGUUUUUCCAAUUUUUCUGGGAGCGGCCGAGCUGACCCCGGGGUACGAGAUGUCCGAGCUCCCCCCCGACAGCGGUGUCCGGCAGACGGACGCGGCGAAUGGCCACCGCGACGCCCCGCGGGCGGAGGUAGGCGGCGGGAGGCGGGAGCCGGCCCCGGCGGGGCCUGCGGAGCCCGGGGAAGGUCCGGUGGCGGCGCCCGGGGAGGCCCGCGACGCACAGGUAGCCCGAGUGUUGGCGGAGCCAGCGGAGGAAGAGGGUGCGCAGGCCGGACCCCGAUCCCGGCCCGGGAACGGCCCGGGGCUGGCUGCGUUGCCGUACCUCCGCCUCCGUCACCCACUUAGCGUUUUAGGAAUCAAUUACCAGCAGUUCCUGCGCCACUACCUGGAACACUACCCGAUCGCUCCGGGCAGAAUUCAGGAGCUGGGAGAACGCCGCAGGAGGUUUGUGGAGGCCUGCAGAGCCCGGGAAGCAGCGUUUGAUGCCGAGUACCAGCGGAAUCCCCAGAGGAUGGAUUUUGACAUUUUGACAUUUACAGUAGCCCUCACUGCGUCCGAGGUCAUCAAUCCUCUGAUAGAGGAACUUGGUUGUGACAAGUACAUAAGUAGAGAAUAGUCUGGUGGCGAAACCACUGCAGAGGGGAGCCUCUGUUUUCAAGUCUCACGCCAGUCCUGUCCCUCGAUUUUAGAAGGUCAAAGUGUAUGAGAUAAGGCGAGGCAUAGUUGCGGGGGGGAAGGGCGUUUAUCGCGACAAAGCCUCAGAAAAGAAAUUCAAAGCCUUGUGACUCCUGUGACUGUUGAGUUUGGGGUUGAUACAGAGCCUUCUCCCUGUGUUGUGGAAAUGACUUUCAAAAUUGCUUCACUGAAAAGUGAAGGAUAGUUUUCAGGACAUUGAGACCCGAUGAAGAACUGUGGCCAGUAUCGGAGCCCGUGAUGACGAAAGAAACUCUCAAAUCGUGAUGGGGAGGAAUAAGGAGCCACGGCGGUGUUAUCCCGUGGAGAGACUGGAAGCCUAUGGCGAGAACUUGACAUUGUCCGAGUAUGUGCUCUGUUCACAUCAGGUUCAACAGAAGGUUUUAGCACAAGAUCGACUUUGUGUUCUGUGAAGCAUUUCAAACGGCAAGCAGUGUAACUUGUUGUAUAUAUUACCUGAUAAACCUUGUAUUCGAGAA